UCCUUGGAAUAUCUGAAGUCCAUAUGGCUAUGUAUGAUGAAGAUAUCUUGAAAAAUCCCUUUUAUGUGGCCAUUCAGAAGCGGCGUCCUGAUCUAUGCAGCAAAGUUGCAGAACUCCAUGGUAUUGUGUUAGUUCCAUGCAAAGGAAGCCUUUCAAGCAACAGUCUUUCUACCUGCCAGUUUGAAUCUUAUGUUCUGAAGCCGCUAGAAGAAAAUUUUCAGACCUUAAAUGGAAAGGAGAUCUUCAUACAAGGAAACCUCAUUAUUUUAGGAACUGGUUUUAAUUAUCAUCUCUCAGUACCUGUUCUUUUUGAGGAAACAUUUUACAAUGAAAAAGAAGAAAGCUUUAGUAUAUUGUGCAUAGCUCAUCCAUUGGAAAAAACAGAAAGCUCAAGUGAGUCUACAGCUUCAUCAAACUCCUAUUCUCUUAAAAAUAUUGAAGAUGUUAGAGAAUUCUUGGGAAGGCACUGUGAGAUAUUUGAUAAAUACAUAGGAUCUUUCUAUAGAACAUUUAAAGAACAUGAAAGGAAAAGCCUCCGCCACUACAUAGAUUCUGUCAAUGCACUUUAUACCAAAUGUCUCCAGCAUCUUUUGAGAGAUUCGCACUUGAAGAUGCUUGCAAAGCAAGAAGAGCAGAUGAAUCUGAUUAAACAAGCAGUUGAAAUGUAUAUCCACCAUGCUAUUUAUGAUCUAGUCUUCAAAUAUGUGGGGACUAUUGAGGCAAGUGAGGAUGCUGCUUUUAACAAAAUCACGAGGAGCCUUCAAGACCUGCAGCAAAAAGACAUCGGAGUGAAGCCUGAGUUCAGUUUUAAUAUACCACGUGCAAAGCGAGAACUGGGUCAGUUGAACAAAUGUACUUCCCCUCAACAGAAGCUACUUUGUCUACGAAAAGUGGUACAAAUUAUUAUGCAAUCUCCUAGCCAAAGAGUUAACAUGGAAACCAUGUGUGCAGAUGAUCUUCUUUCUGCUUUGCUGUAUUUACUUGUAAAAACAGAAAUCCCAAACUGGAUGGCCAACUUGAGUUACAUAAAGAACUUCAGGCUUUGCAGUUCAGUGAAGGAUGAAUUGGGAUACUGUCUAACCUCAGUUGAGGCUGCAAUAGAAUACAUACGACAAGGCAACCUCUCUGACAGAUCAACAGAAUCUGAGAGGCUGUGUGACAAGUUGCUUUUAAGACAAAGGAUGAACUUGUUGUCUCAGAUGACUGCUACUCCAAUAGACUACUUAUUUAAGCAUAUUGCUUCAGGUAAUCAGGAGGAAGUGGAGCGAUUACUAAGUCAAGGUGACAGUGACAAGGACACUGUACAGAAAAUGUGUCAUCCGCUCUGUUACUGUGACAAAUGUGAGAAGCUAGUUUCUGGGAAACUGAAUGAUCCUUCCAUUAUCACUCCAUUUUCCCGAGAUGACCGGGGAUAUACACCACUUCAUAUAGCUGCUAUUUGUGGGCAAACAUCAUUAGUGGAUUUACUAGUAGCCAAAGGAGCCAUUGUCAAUGCUACAGAUUACCAUGGUUCAACUCCACUUCACCUUGCCUGUCAGAAGGGAUAUCAAAAUGUUACACUUCUCUUGUUGCACUAUAAAGCAAGUACUGAUGUUCAGGACAAUAAUGGAAAUACUCCACUUCAUUUAGCCUGCACUUAUGGUCAUGAGGAUUGUGUCAAAGCUUUAGUCUACUAUGAUGUGCAUUCCUGUAGACUAGAUAUUGGUAAUGAAAAGGGAGAUACUCCUCUCCAUAUAGCUGCUCGUUGGGGCUAUCAAGGGAUCAUAGAAGUGCUUUUGCAAAAUGGGGCAAAUCCAGAAAUUCAAAACCGGAUGAAAGAGACUUCCCUACAGUGUGCAUUAAAUUCUAAGAUUUUAUCAUUGAUGGAAUUAAACUAUCUGACGCUUGAAAGAGGACAGAGUGCUUCUGAGUCACCGCUUAGGUCUCCUCAGCGCUCAACAGAAACUUUCAGCAGAGGAUCAUCCGUCUCAAGCCUGUCAUCAGCAUCAACUGAUAUAAGGCAUGAAGAAGUAAAAAAUAGCUAUAAAGAGGUGGAAAAACUCCUAAGAGCAGUUGCUGAUGGAGAUCUGGAAAUGGUACGUUAUCUCUUGGAAUGGAUGGAAGAAGACUUAGAAGAUGAGGACGACACAGUCAGUACAUCAAAACCAGAAUUCUGCCAUCCAUUAUGCCAGUGCUCAAAAUGUGGGCCAGCACAAAAGAAAUUUGCAAGGAUCUCUGCUAAUGGACUGGGAGUAAAUGUUUCAAACCAAGAUGGUUUUACACCAUUGCAUAUGGCUGCACUGCAUGGACACUCUGAACUUGUCUCUCUCUUGUUGAAACACGGAGCCAGUAUCAGUGCCAAGAAUGCAAAACAUGCAGUUCCUCUUCAUCUAGCUUGCCAGAAAGGUCACUUCCAGGUGGUAAAGUGUCUGAUGGAUUACAAUGCUAAACAAAAUAAAAAGGAUAUAUAUGGAAAUACUCCUUUAAUUUAUGCAUGCUUGAAUGGUCAGUAUGAGACUACUGCCUUGUUGUUACAGCACGGAGCUUCUAUUAACCUUUCUAAUGCCAAAGGAAAUACAGCACUGCACGAGGCCGUGAUAGGAAAGAAUGAAGCCCUGGUAGACUUGCUACUUCAGAAUGGUGCAAUGACGCACAUAAGGAACGAAAGGAACUGUACCCCUGCAGACUGUGCUGAGCCGAAUUCAAAUAUCAUUAAGUUGCUGGAAACAGCACCAAGAUAUGUACCUACAUCAGCAGAGAGAGAAAACGAGUGUGAGCAGCAUGCUACUAUCAAGAUAAGAAAAAAAG